GGCCGGAGCAGCCUCGCGGACGGCGGAGUGAAGCUGACCUCGGUCAUGGCCACGGUUCGGGACAAGGCGGCGGCGCUGAACCUGUCGGCUCUGCAGAGCCCCGCGCAGAGGCCUCCCGGCUUCAGUGUGGCCCAAAGGCCAUUUGGAGCCACGUAUGUGUGGAGCAGCAUCAUAAACACCCUUCAAACCCAAGUGGAGGUGAAGAAACGGAGGUACCACUUAAAGCGGCACAAUAACUGCUUCGUCGGCUCGGAGGCCGUGGACGUAAUUUGCUCUCACUUAAUUCAGAAUAAAUUCUUUGGUGACGUCGAUAUUCCUCGGGCCAAAGUGGUGAGAGUGUGUCAAGCUCUUAUGGACUACAAAGUAUUUGAAGCAGUUCCAACCAGAGUCUUCGGGAGAGACAGAAAGCCUACCUUUGAAGACAGCAGUUGCAGCCUUUAUAGAUUCACCACAGUACCUAAUCAGGACAGUCAAUUAGGCAAUGAGAACAAAGUGUAUUCUCCUUCCAGGUGCUCAGAUGCAUUGUUUAAGUCAUCUGAUAUCAAGUCAAACAGUUUGGAGGACCUAUGGGAAAAUCUGAGUUUAAAGCCUGCCAGCUCCCCUGGAAUACAUACCUCCACCAGGCUGUCUCCUCAAGUCAUCAGUGCAGUAUGGCAAGAAGAGACAAUUGGACGUUUACUGCAACUUGUCGACCUUCCGUUUCUUGACUCCUUACUCAGACAGCAAGAGGUUGCAUCUAAAGCCCCUCAGUGUAAGAGACAGCCUGACAUGUUCAACACCAGUAACUAUCUGGAUCGAGGAAUUCUCAGGGCCUAUGGUGACUCUCAGGAGGAUGAAUGGGUCUCUGCAGCCAUUGACUGCUUGGAGUAUCUUCCCGACCAGAUGGUUGUGGACAUAAGCAGGAAUUUUCCUGAGCAACCAGACAGAACAGACUUAGUGAAGGAACUUCUGUUUGAUGCUAUUGGCAAAUAUUACAGUACUAGGGAACCUCUGUUAAACCACCUGUGUGAUGUUCAUAACGGAAUAGCAGAGCUUCUAGUAAAUGGGAAGACUGAAAUAGCCUUAGAAGCUACUCAGCUGUUUCUGAAGCUUCUGGAUUCCCAAAAUAGGGAAGAAUUUAGAAGACUGCUUUACUUCAUGGCUGUUGCAGCACAUCCUUCCGAAUAUAAAUUACAGAAAGAAAGUGACAAUCGGAUGGCUGUGAAAAGGGUGUUCUCAAAAGCUAUUGUCAACAAUAAAAACUUAUCCAAAGGCAAAACUGAUCUUCUGGUACUGUUCCUAAUGGAUCACCAAAAAGAUGUUUUCAAGAUUCCCGGAACUCUACAUAAAAUUGUGAGUGUUAAGCUUCUGGCCAUACAAAAAGGAAGAGAUCCUAGUAAAGACACAGGCUAUAUUUACUGCCAGAGAAUUGAUGGAAGUGACUACUGUAGCAGUAGCCAGAAGAAAACCAAAGAUGAACUGUUGAGCUUACUAAAGACUAUUGAUGAGGACUCAAAACUCUCUGCCAAAGAGAAGAAGAAACUGCUAGGCCAGUUCCAUAAGUGUCAUCCAGACAUCUUCACUGAGUAUUUUGGAGACUGAGUUUCUAAUGUCUAUAUGUAUGUGCAGUUGUAUAUUUUAAGGGCAAAUUAUGUAUCCUAAAGAUAUUUGUAAGCUUGGAUGUUUAAAUAUGAAGUUGUACUUAAUAAAACUUUUUAUACCCA